GACUAGUAUUAAACACCCGUGACAAAUGGCCGGAAUAAAAAUCUCUCCUUUUAUAAGCGCCGCCUCGAUCAAUUUUGUUCAUUUCCCCACUUCAUCAGUUGGUUAACAUUUAUUUGAGUUUACUUUAGUUAAAUAUUGAAUACGUUUAACGCGAGCGCCAUAAUUUAAUUGCCGGUAUCAGAUGCCGCUCGGUAGUCGCGCAACUGCGUCCUGCCAGUCUAGUGGAGCAACUAAGAAAAUUGGACCUAAAGAUGACGUCAAGACGCGCGCGCGGUCGAAACCGAAAACGCCGUCGAGCAACGAGGGCAACGCAGAAACGCCGAAGAAGUCGGAUUCCAAUUCCCUGAGGAAGUCUCAGGCUGUCGAGCACAGAGGAGACGGAGACAGAGCGUCGAAAGCGUUACAGAAUACCUCGACGAGGACGCAGCCGACCAGAAGCACCGUUAAGCCGUCCGUCGGGUCCUCUCAAGUUAAGACUGUCAAGCAAGUGUCCUCGACAUCGAAAUCUAGUCUGCUCAAUGCCUCGUCCGGUCGCUCGUUAACGAAGAGCAAUAGUACAACCACUAAGGCACGAUCCGGAAAUGCCCCGAAAUCGAGCGACGACAGUACGGUCAAAAAGAGGAAGUCCAGAGAACCAGCGGGAUAUUCAGAGAAGAGAGGUCAGAGUACGAUAUACGUGCCGAAGUCGACCGCGAGUAAGCUCGGUGUUAAACCUAACGAGAAGAUUGCGCAACUGGCGUCGAGGGACAAGGAGAAGUUGCAAGAGUUCCCUGCGCCCGACCGAACCAAGCCGCGAAUAUCGUCCAGAGAACGUAGGAAAUCGAGGACGCUGAGCCCGAGCGAAGUUAGGAUGCUGCACAGCGCCGUGAGGAGACCGGAUGUCGUGGAAAAGGCGGAGCAAAGGAAAGAAGGCCGUUCUCGUACGCAAGCGGACGAGGCGGACUACGACUACGAGGACGAUUUUGAGGAUUACGAGUCAGACUUUCAAGAAUGCACCGACAGCGACACUCCCUCGAUUAGCGAAAAAUCAGAUAGCGGAAGUAGUUCCCACUUGGAGCCUAUCGAAUUGCAAGCCCGAGAGAAGAAGCGCACGGAACACGCGAAGGUCGAAGAGGAACGUAUGCUCGAUUCGGGGCAUUACGAUCUCGCGGAAGCGAGAAAACGGGCGGCGCGAGUAGAAGCUGUGCUCCUAACGCAGUCCAACACGCCGCCGUUGCCCGAAUUAAGGGAGCCAGUUGGCAAGACGUUUAGCGACGACAGACCGGCGGAGAGUAAAUCUUUGCCGUCGUCCGCCGACGAGGGCUUCGAGGACAGCCGUUCUGGGGACUUUACCAGAUCUCCGCCGCUGUCGCAGGCGCCGCUUAUCGAUUUUCGUAAGCCGAAAGAGGAGCAACGUGAAGAGAACACGCGAAAGCCUCGGAGCAGAGGCGAGGAAUUGUUAGAGAUGAUAAAGCUGGACUUUAUGGAAUGGUCGUUACUGGAGUGCAACCCCAUACCUUAUGACGAAUUCAUAAGAAAUUACGGGAAAUUAAAUACGCAACAAGUGUUUACGCAAACCGGCGACGACAACAUGGACAUUGAGAUACAAACGGACGAGGUGCCUUGUAAGAACAAGUGGACGCAGUUUCCUAUAACUUGUAGAAAAAGCUUGCGUGAUAAACAAGAUAUAAACUUAUUUAGAAUGGAACAAAUCGGCGUCGGAAACGAUUUGGACGAAACGGACGAUAUAAGUUUUUCGUCACGUCCGUCGUACGACGUGUUACGGUUAAACGAUUUCCUUAAUCGCGCGAGCGCGGUUGUAUUGUCGUUGCUAGAAGAGAGAGAACACGGUGGCACCGUUUUUCAAAGCGACGUAGACGAGUUAUCGUUCAGCGAUGGUUUCGUGAAGCUCUCUGUAGAUACAGUAACAUUUUUAGCUACCAGGCCGGUUAAGAUAAUACAUUAUUCGAACGCCUUAAAUAAAGUUCUGCUUACUAUACACGCGCCAGUAGAAGAGGAGAUCGAAACUAUAAGCAAGCAAGAUUACAUCACCGACUGUUGUAUCGGAUGCGUUUGGAAUAUUUCCGAACCAUCGAUGCCGAAGAAAUUAUUCUACUCGCAAUGCCCUAUUACCGCCUGUUGCUUUCACUUGACGAAUUGCAACACGGUGUUCGCCGGGCUCGAGGAUGGGUCGCUAAGUCUCUGGGACCUCAAGGAGGACGAGAUGUGGCAUCAGAAGAUUACGGAUAAAGCUAACGAGUUUGAUUGGGUAAUCAGAACGCCUACUUACGCGACAACGGUGGAGCUAGACGCGCAUACGUCGCAAGUUGUUGCGAUACGCGUGCUGUCCAAGAUCGAGACUGCCUCUGCGAAAGAAAGGAGCAACAAAUUCGUUCCCAUUCAGAUAUGUAGUUUAGACGAGGAUGGUUGUCUCAUAAUAUGGAGUAUUGUGCAUAACAUGGGUAUAAAUAUCGACGAUCUGGGACUCUCUCACUGGGGCGACAUAAGACUCGUAAAUAAUCAGAAAACGUUUCUGACGAAGAAAGACGCAGAAAUAAUGAACACGUUUGUCGAUAUGCAUGUGGACAGUGCGAAUACAAAUAACAUUUAUAUUGCGACUAACAGUACUGAUGUCUUGCAUGCUACUUACAUUGGUAACAGAACUAACCCAUUAACAUAUAAACCAGCUGAAAUAAGUGAAUGCGGUGCUUCAACUUGCAUCGACGUUUGUCCUUUCGAUCGAUCCUUUUUCUGGGUCGGCUGUGAUGACGGAACGAUUCGACUUCAUUACUUAAAUGUGGAGAGACCGAUCGUACAACUGAAAAACGAGCAGUAUACGGACGAGAUUAAAAUUUUGCAAUGGUCGAAAACGAAACCGUUGACUAUAUAUACUUUGGAUAAUAAUUCUCGAAUUCACGUGUGGGAUUUGAGUCAGAGUGAUAUUUGUCCUAUACAUACGUUAUCUAUGAAAAAGUUGGGGAAGAUAAGCAGCAUGCAGCUGUCUCCUUGCAUAAUAGAUCAAGAUAUGACAAAUCAAUACCUGGCCCUUGGUACGGAAUCUGGCAAUGUGGAGGUACACAAACUCAGAAGAGGUUUCUGCUAUUCAAAGAAAGAGGAAUUUUUACAAGAACUGAACCUAUUUUCGCGAUACGUUUCGGUAUCGUAAACGGAGAUAGAUAUAUGAUAGAUAUAUCGUCAAAAAGAGAAUACAGGCACUAAUAGUAUUUCUAGAAUUGUUAUUUCAAGGACUUGAAUGUAGAAAGAUUCACAGAUUUUAUACUUCCAGUGUAUACGUGCACUUGCAAUGGUUACAACAGAUCGUUGAGAUACUAGUCAUAGAAAGUAAUACUUUAACACAAUUGAACAAUUUUAAUCAACAAGGGAUAUACAAUUUCACGUAAUCCAAUUUGUAAGAUUUGCAAAGUAAGACGUAGUGCUAAUCACAUUUGAUAACUACGAAUAAUAUUGAAUUUUUCGUAUGUGCAAUCAAGUACGUUUAAACUGUUAUAAUUUUAUAUAUAUAUCUUACAAGCGCGUUAUAUGUAAAACGAAUGAGAUUUUUGCGCACUUAUUCGUAUCUUUCUAUUAUAUACAUAUCACAAUAUUCCGUCCGGGAAAAAUAAGUACUAUUAAAUGUAGAUGAAAAUAGUAUUCGUAUUUAUACAUACAUUUAUAUAGUGUAUCGUAUAAAAUAUAUUAUAUAAAUAAGGACAAAUGAUAAGAUUGUACAAUCGAAAUAUACAUAGAAUUUUAUACAUAGCCUA